AUGGUCACCACCGCUACCAACGACGUUCUCAAUGUAUAUCGCGAUUCUGGCGCAGGGUCGUCGUCGUCCAAGGCAAUUCCGAACGGGAAAGAAGCCACAGCCGCCUCACCGCCGUCCAUCUCGCUCAUAACGCCCUCGACAUCCUCAUCACCAAUCCAAGCACAGCCCGCACACACCGCAACCGCCCAAACACAACUCUCAGCCUCAGCCCGCUUCCACAGUAUUCCGGACAUCCUAGCCGAUAUCUGCGAAUACCUGGCAUGUGAAGAAGACUUUGACGAGAUGGAGAGGGAGAUCCCAGAGGAGUUGUGGAUGAGCAGGAGGAAUUUGGCCAAUUUGGCGAGGACGUGUAAAGCGUAUCUGGAACCUGCGUUGGAUCGGUUGUGGAGGGCGCUAAAUACGCUGUAUCCUCUGUUUAAUGUGUUGCCGGCAUUUCACAAAGCUGCGGGGACCCAUGUCCUGAGAGGUACGCCUACACCUGCAGAGUGGGCCCGUUUCGACUGGUACGCCCGGCGAGUGAAGCGGUUUUGCUACACCCGCGACCCAGCCCACCUCGACAUCGCGAUGCACGUCUACUUCCGCAUGGCUCAGCUACGCUCGACACCAUUACUUCCUUGUCUCCGCCACCUCUACUGUCCCAACAUCAGCCAAAGCGAAUUCCUCAUUUCAGGCGUCUGUCUGUUCUUGUCACCGUCGCUUCAGUCACUCGAAUUCGCCAAGAUCACGCAUAUCGAAGACAAAUUGUCUGGAACAUUCUUGCACACGCUGUAUGAAGACGGGGCUAACCUGGAGAGUGUGGUGUUCAAGGGAGAAGGAUUGUCAGACGGGACGCUGGACCUGAUUCUGCCGUUCGAGGGAUUGCGGAUGUUGGAAUUGGACGGGAUGGGCCCAGUGAUUACCCUAGAGUGGUUGAAGGAGCUGGGGAAGAAACCGAAACUGGAAGAGCUGGCACUCGACUUUACAAACUCCAGCGUAGAAGCGUUGCAGAAAGACAUCGGUUUCGCAAAUCUUAAAUCGCUGAUGCUAACAGCACCCAUAUCCUUCACCCGCGCCUUCAUCCCCAACAUCUCCUCCCAGUCUCUGGAAACGGUUGUGGCCGUCUCGACGCGCGACUCGUCCACCGAACGCUCAGCAUUCAUUUCUGAAAUCGUCGACCGGUAUUCCUCGACACUACGCAGCUUCGGGCUGGUGCAUGUCCAGAACACCGACGACCCACCGGAAGAACUCGAGCUCUCCAACCUCUCGCGGUUGCUGCCCCUCCGGAACCUAGAGGAGUUCCGGUUGGAAGGGUACAGCAUGAACCUGACCGACGAGAACGUGACCAUCCUCGCGCUCGCUUGGCCCAACAUCACGAAACUCUUACUUCCGUUUAUUGGACCGGAGAAGGUGCGGCCUACCUAUGCGUCGUUGGUGAAUCUUAGGGAUCUGUGCCCGCGCUUGGAGCAUGUGAGGAUACCGCUGGAGAUUAUGGGUAUCCCACCGUUUGUGUACCCGAGGCCUGCGCUCCCGCCGUUCUUGAUUGCGAGUAACGUGGUGGAAGCGGAGGAGGAGGAAGAGGAGGGACCGGACUCGCCGGUAUCGUCGUCCUUGUCGUCGCCUUCGUCCGAAUCCAUGCCGACGCCUACGACCUCCGAGUUCCCACUCCCACCAACCCAACCGCCCUCCCUCCCAACAGUCUCCUCCUCCUCCCUAUCCUCCUCUGCAUCUUCAUCGUCAUCAUCAACGCCGUACACCCUGCAUCAUCACCACAACCACCACCACAGGCACCACAACCGCUACCGUCCACCACACCCCCUCCAGCGUCUAACCAUCUCCACCACCGACGACCACGAGACGGUCGAAGAGCGCCUGGGGGAUAUGAGGAACCUGACGCAUUUGGCGCGGCAUGUGGAUUAUUUGUUUCCGCGGGUGAGGCAUGUGGGGGCGUUUGGGAGGCAGGAUGAGGAGCGGUGGGUGCAUGUAGGGGAGAUGGUGGCGGCGUUUCAGGGUGUGAGGGCGGAGACGAGGGAGGGGCUUUUGGUUGGUGGGUGGUGA